CCCGGUAAAGACCUGUUCAUUGCUGACACUCUGAGCAGAGCACCCAUCCCACGCUUGUUCGUCGAUGAUGUCACGCAAGAUAGUGAAGAUCAGGUUCACCAUGUGCUUCAUAGCGUCUUGUCUUCAGGAUCAACCCGACAGAGAUACGCAGACGCCACGUCAUCGGAUCCUACUCUACAACUUUUAAAGACAGUCAUUAGGAAGGGCUGGCCUGAAAAACGUAGCCAGUGUCCACCUCCGGUGAAACAGUUUUGGUCCGUCCGGAAUGAGUUGUCGGCUGUGGAGGGAGUGCUAUUGUGCGGUAAUCGCUUAGUGGUCCCAAUGUCUCUUCGUCGUGAAACAAUGGAAGGGAUCCAUGACGGUCAUUUUGGUGAAACAAAAUCGGUUCUACGCGCAAAGUCAGCAGUAUAUUGGCCAGGCUGGGAAGAUCAGGUGAAGAACAUGGUGGCAAGUUGUGUGGUGUGUCAAGAAAACAGGUGUCGCAAUCCUAAACAGCCGCUAUAUCCGGUUCGUCUCCCAGAUUACGCCUUUCAAAUGUUUUCGGCGGACAUAUUUCAUUUUGACAGUGUCAACUAUCUUCUUCUGGUGGAUUCAUAUAGCAAAUGGCCGUGCGUUGUUCCGCUAAAAUCCUUGACGUCAGCGGUAUUAAUUGAAGAAAUGUCCAGGUUUUUCUCCGAUUUUGGGUGCCCGGAAGAGUUGGAAUCAGACAAUGGGACCCAAUUUGCAAGUGCCGAGUUCCGGGAGUACUGCAAGAAAAUAAAUGUUACCCAGGUGACAUCCAGCCCGGAGUAUGCCCAGUCUAAUGGGCUCGUUGAACGUCACGUUCAGACAGUGAAAAGUGUACUUCUGAAAAUGUUUGCGGAUGGAAAAUCGCUAUGGGAGGCACUGGCUGCAAUCCGCUCCACCCCUGUGUCCAGCUCAUUACCGGCCCCUUCAGUUUUACUUCAAGGUCGCAAUCUUCGGGGAUCUUUACCAUUUGUUUCAUCGUCGCUCAAGUCUACAUUGAUUCCUGCGUCGGUGGUUCGGGAUGAGCUGGGGCGUCGUCAACAGAGAGCGGCAUUUACCCAACCCCGUUCGGUUGAUAUUCGGUCCUCCGCAUUGUCUGUUGGUCAACCUGUUCGGGCCCUGGUUAAAAAAUAG